UUAUUUAUUCCUACGUGAGCAGACCCACUACACUUCUUGCAUAUAAACAGUGAAAAUUACACCAUAAAGGACUUAUUAUUCCUUCUUUCGGAGUAAUUCUGCUGCUGGCCAAAGCCCGGCUCAUUUUGCGAGGAAAAGGAGGACCUCCUCUGCAGGUAGUUCCACUGCUUCAAGGUGGAGCCUCAACACCAGAGAAGAGAACUGGGAGUCUGUCCCAGAGAAAGUCUAAAGUUUGUGACCUACAGAGACAGUACGAAAUUGUUUCUGUACCUACUCCAUGGACCCUGAUUUCACGACGACCCUCCAGUAUGAACCAGACAUGGUUGGAACAUAAACAGUCGAGUCUCCUUGCCUGCUGGCAACGACGGCUGGGCUCAGACACCAAGUUCCUGGGCCAGGGGCCAGCCAUUCUUGGCUUAGAUUCCCAGAGGCCACAACCAUGGGUCCCUCUGCCCACGUGUGAACCACGACAGAGACUGCGCCCUCUGCAAGCCUUCAGAUGACUCCAUCCUGUCCUGGUCAUGCCCCACUGGGUUCUGUGAGGCUAUUUAGAAAGACAAGUUUCUCUCACUGAAGAAAAGGGGCAGAGCAUGAAAGAAAACAACGGCCCCGCAGGAGUGAUCUAGGAUUGACAGAAAUGAGGACAUUCCCUUCCUGUAUCAUCAAAGAAGCCAAGCCCCAGGUCAGUGAUUUCUCCGCCUGUUUACGUGCGAUGGACAGAUGUGCUUAAGUUUCCUGCCGCUUUACACUGGAAACUGAUGCUCCAGGAAAGGAAGCCAUCUAUUCCAGACGUAGCAGGUUUCUCUUGGAAUGCACACACUGGGAGUCUGGCGCUAUCCCCUCAAUGGUACUUUGGUUGUCUUUUUGUUCAAGACAGCAAGCUUCUUCCAGGAUCAGAACCGCCUGCCAGCCUCCCUUGACAAACAGCCCACCAGCCUGCGUGGUAGAUUGGAUGUUUAAUAAUCAGCCUCACUCAUUGUUUAUCUAAGUAGUAAUUAUCAGUGCAAUGAAAUAAUAUUUUAACUGCAAAGGAAGCAUUACGGAGCGCUCACAAGUGGAAUCCAGAGGCUGGGCAUGGCCAACACAACUUCUCAGACUCAGAGGAAAGGGCCGCUCCAUCUUGGCUGGCAGGUCUCGGUGUCUGAGACGCCAUCAUCAGAUGCUGCUCCAAAGACCUAAGGACAUGUGCCUGGGAGAAGUGUACGGUUCCAACCCUUUCCACUGAGGCUCAAUGGCCCAGCCAAAUAUGAAAGUGCGACCUGUGCUUCUAAAGCGGAACAGUCUAGAGUCGGUGGAGUUUGUGAAGCAACCGCACCACCGCAGGAGCAAAUCUCAACAGGUGCGAUUCAAGGAAGACGGGACCAGUCAGACGCCGCCUGGCCUGACCGAGGUUGAUGUCCACACGUCUGAAGACCUGCCUGUGAUGGGCAAGACCCAUCACCUGCCCACCUACUCACUCUCCUUCCCCAGGUCCCAGAAGGCAGGGGGUUUUCGGAACAUCGGGAUCCAAACCUCCCCCAGUCUCAGGAAGCAUUUCCCAGUUUUCAAAAAGAAGAGACUCACAGCCAGCAAAUCGCUGGUGGAAAUGCCCACAGCAUCCCCAAGUGCCAUCCAGGUCAAUGGCAACCUCUCGGAACAGGACAUUGUGUCUUCUGACCUUGCCUACUUAAGGCUGGCUCAGCAUCUUGAGGAUGGGCCCCGAAGGGUCACGGUGCCCCACCCAUUUCUCCCUAGAAUGUCCAAGGUGCAAAGCAACGGGCCUGUUAGCGUAUGCUUGGAAGCAGGGAUGUGGAGAGCCGCAGAGAAAGCAACAGCUGCCAUUCAGGUCCCAGAAGAUAUUUACCACAGUCCGACCUGGGCAGCUAGAGCAUCCAAUUUCAGCCGAGACAGGCCUGCAGAGAUAAGCAACUCCGUCUACCCUUUGGCUGACAUGUGUUCAGGUGAUGAGAGAAGAGUGCCGCCAACAGAUGCUGAAAGAUCUCCCUCCUGCUUAAAUGCCACCAGCGGUGCCAACCACAUGACAGGCACAGGGAAACUUAAACCCGAAUUGCUUUGGCCCAAAGACAACUCUGACGACAAAGACUUUGGCCUACUGUCAUCUCGGUCAAAAGAAACGUGUGUUCCGUCUUCUCCACGGACUCGCAGCUCCCCGUCCCUAGGCUCCCACAGCCAGCCAGCCCAUCCAGGAGGGGCUUCAGACUGUUCUUCACUGAGUAACAACCACCAGAAUCUGCUGUCACCCAAACCUAACAAUGCAUCAAAACCUGCCCCUGCGUGCCAGGGGCAGUCAGCAAAGAACCCCACCAAGUCAGACACCCCGGAGUUCCGAAAUUGCCCAGGAAACGAUCAGCUCCCGUCCUCUCUUCCAAAGAGGGAGACCCAACUUCAGAGCAACCAGGAGACCGGUGGGAUUAAUCAGAUUCACCUGGCACAGGGCGAGCUCUGCGACCUCCAAGGCAGGCUGCAGUCCGUGGAGGAAUCUCUGCACUCGAACCAGGAGAAAAUUAAAGUCCUUUUGAAUGUUAUUCAAGACUUGGAGAAAGCGCGGGCUCUCACAGAAGGGCGCAACUUUUAUCGAACAGGCCAAGACCUCAACAACUGCAGCACCUGCCAGAACACGGCGUGCAUCAUAUACAGUGUAGAAUAUGAUUUUCGGCAGCAGGAAGGCAGGUUCCAUGAAGUUCUACAGAGUCUGGAGGAAGCGGGACCGGGUGAGGAGCCAUCUCCCCCACCAAAGUCCCCAGCAGAACCCCCCGUUCCUGAGAAACAGGACUUACGGCGGAAAACCAAGAAGGUGAAGAAGAAAUGCUUCUGGUGGAUCUGAGCUUGUUGGGACCAUUGCCGAUGCCGUCCCUAAGGACCGCCCCGCGGCGGGGAGACCACUGCCUUCAGGUCUCCUCUCCUUCUCAGCAAAGGCCCGUGGGGGCUGUGAGCCACUCGACCCGUGGAACGGGGACACUCGGGCGGCUUUAGCUCCUGCCGGACCUGCCCACCGAGCUCACCUGCGUCAGCGCCACUGCUCGCUAGGACUUCACGGACGCUGCAGUGAUCACCUGCGUCCUUCCCUGCCGUGCACAGCCAGGCCACGUCCUGGUUUGCAAGUCCAGACGCCCACCAUGAGCCGAGCCCCCAGCGCACUUUCCAACACCUCUGUGAUGCUAAGCACCUCCUGCCCUCCCUGGGUUUGCCAUCCCAAAAGAAAGAAGAAAAGAAAUGUUGUGCAGAGCAGGAAGAUAGAGGAGAUAUUAGAAGGUACCCCUGGAAAAAAAAUAGCUACAUAAACUGGCAGUUUUCUGAGAUAUAGGUGUCCAUAAGCACAACAGAAAUGGGCAGGGCAUAAAAAUGCAAGCUCGUCUGGUGCGGUGGGUCAUUUUCAUUUUUAAUUAGCCCCUCGAUCCCAAAUCAAGGACUUGCCAUCUCAUGCUGUGUGGGCCUUACAGUCUGUGGCAGAGUGAGGUCACUGCAGGAUAUAAGGAACUUAGUGGUGUGCCAUCCCGCAGAUGCUAGCUGGUCCAGGGACCACCUUAGACCAUCAUGCUUCUCAGCCUGGGGCCUGAGACUGACCGCCUGGCCAAUGGGAGGGUUCUGGCUUGGGUUUGAACUUUACGGUUCCACAGCUAAUUUCCCUGUGACAGUUAAGAUCAUGAGACCCAGCAACCUGUCCGUUUCAUCUUACCAAUAACACAAAUAAGACUGAGAGAAAACCUAACACUGGUUCUCCUCCAUUCACUCCUGCAACGGCUUUGUAGAGUUCAAAUGUAUGUUAAUCUGCAUAGUCUCUCUCCCUUCCUGGUGGUCAGGCCAUGGG